UGCUUUCACUGUGCUGAGGCGCAGAUUUGCAGCAGUAGCAGCAGCAGCGGGUCAACUUUAAAGAUCACAGUCAGGAGAAACAGGGAUGCGUCUGUUUUAGGCUGACAUUGGAUGUUUGCACCGAGGAAGUCACUUUAUAAGAGCACCACACAAACCUGCACACAUCUCUCAAAGGGCGUGGGAAUGUACUGCAAGGAAGGAUACGAGAAAGUCAUCCUCCUCAUCUUUUACAUCCAGCUGUGUUCCAAGCCCAUGGGUGAAGCGAUUCAUCCGGACUGCGCCAUCAUCUCUCAGCACCUGAGGGCUCGGGAGAUUUGCAGCCAGACGAGGAGGAGCGAAGCGCAAAACCGGAGCGAUCACAGCGGAUGUAAAACAGAGUGGGAUGAAAUUGGCUGUUGGCUGAGAGCCAAAGUUGGGCAAGUUGUCAACUUAUCCUGCUCUGAGGUCUUUCAGCAUUUCUCCAGCAAUCAAGGGUUUGUAUACAGGAAUUGCACUGCUGAUGGCUGGUCUGAAAUGUAUCCAACUUAUGAGGAUGCCUGUCAUUUCAAUGAUGACAGUGAGCCUGAAUCAGAGACAAGUUACCUGUAUACGUUCAGACAGGUCUACACUGUAGGGUACGCCACCUCACUCAUCUCUCUACUUACAGCCAUAGUGGUGUUUGCAGGCUUCAGGAAGUUUCGCUGUACCAGAAACUACAUCCACAUCAACCUGUUUUCCUCCUUUGUUCUGAGAGCUAGUGCUGUGUUCAUUAAGGAUGCUGUGCUGUUUGCAGAUGAAACUCUGGACCACUGCUCUAUGUCUACGGCUACAUGUAAGUCAGCAGUAGCGUUUUUCCAGUUCAGCAUCCUGGCCAAUUACUUUUGGUUGCUUGUGGAGGGCAUGUAUCUCCAGACCCUUCUGGCCCUCACUUUCGUCUCUCAGAGGAAAUACUUCUGGUGGUACAUUCUUAUUGGAUGGGGACUGCCAUCCAUGGUCCUCAUACUUUGGGUUCUGACCAGAUUCUUCUAUGAUGACAGAGGCUGCUGGGAUGACAAUGACAAUGUUGGCAUUUGGUGGAUCAUUAAAGGACCAAUAACAGCAUCACUGCUGGUCAACAUAGUCAUCUUCAUAAAUGUUAUCCGGAUUCUGGUCCAAAAGCUUAAAUCUUCAACCACUGCAGGAAACAGUGAUACUGGUCAUUUCAUGCGGCUGGCUAAAUCCACCCUGUUCCUCAUUCCUCUGUUUGGGAUGCACUACACUGUAUUUGCCUUCCUGCCUGAGAACACUGGAGUGGCCGCCAGGCUGUACAUCGAGCUGGGCCUGGGAUCCUUUCAGGGGUUUGUUGUGGCCCUUCUUUACUGCUUCAUGAAUGGAGAGGUCCAGGCAGAGCUCCGGAAAUGGCUUUGGAGGUGCCACAAUCCAAAUCACCUCACUCCUGGCAAGAGAAGCAUGACUCAGAUCAUGAUUCGAACCCAUGGAGGCUUGGGUUUGCCUCCUUCUAGUGCCAACAUCUCAGCUGUAUGAGCUUUGCUUUUAGACAGGAAUUUUUUUUCCUUUGAAGCAGCAAUUAAAAGGUGAAACCACUCUGUUGAACAUUAUGACCUUAAUUUAACUCUUUUGUGAGAUAUAAGAGCACAAGUUUAACUGGUGGGUAAAAUGGGUAAAACCUCUGAAUGCUUCAUCUAAGCAGAGGCUGUAUAUGGUCAGUCUAGGUCACAGGGUGCUCUAUCAUAUUGAUAAAUCAUAACUUCUACAGACCCCACUGUAGCACUGCAAAACAGGAAAUAAUAACUGAUACAGAGCUGUCCAUGGGUUCAGAAGGAUUUUAUAUGCUGGUGUUCAUAGUUUGGACCUCUUAGGUAAUACAUUUUUAAAAUGUAGACUGGACAAAAUACUCAAUUAACAUGUAUAUAGGCAACAUAUAUUUGAAAUAUGUGAAAAUGCAAAUUUCCCUGACAGAAACUGUAAAGUGUUUUCAUUUAAGGCUGAAAUAAAACCCUCCAGUAGGGCAAAUCUGUAAGGAUAUGUCAUAUUGAUAGAGCUAGUUUUGAAACCAGUUUCAGAAGGCAUCAGACAUUUUCUUAUUAAAGAUUUUAUAUUGCUUCUGGUUAUUUUGAAAACAUUAAUUCUGUAAAAGUUACUGACACUACUUUUUCAGGUGAAGGCCCUCUCUCAAUGCAGUGAAAUAUUGCAGAGAUGACAUUUAAAAAUGGUUUGUGGUCAGAUCUCAGCAUGAACACUAUGAGCUGGUAAAUAAGUGAAUCCAAAAUGCCUUAAUGAGGAAUUAUUUUGAAUUAUUUUCAUAAUUUAAGGUUAAAACACUUUGUUUUUAGCUUAUAUGUUAAGAACACAGCAAGGCUUUAAACAUUUGGGCAACAAAGAAAGAAUAUAAUCCUGAAGAGAACCAGGGGGGACUGAAAUGGACAGGAAUUAUUUGUAGUUUCAGUGAUAUAUCCUGCUGUUACAUGCAGAAAACAGCUUCACUGACAAUAGACCCUGUUGCUCCAACAUAAGAGCAUACGAAACAAGAACAAAUGUAUGUUGUUGAUUAUGACAUGAAAGUGAAUUUCCAGAAACAAAGUUAAUCAGUUUGUUCUUCUUGAGGCUGCUUUGCUGGAUUUUAAUAUUACGGCAAUAGCAACAGAAUGUGGCAUUUAUUUGUGGGGAGCAGGUGUGGAAAUCGAUUCAAUGAACUACUUGUUUCAGCCUUGGCACUCAUGUUACAAUCAAUCAUGGAUCAUCAAUGUAGGAUCCUGGGCCAAAUAUAACAGCCUAUUUCUGCUGGUGGUGCUGGAUGGGUUGAUGAAUGUUAGCAGUUUCUGCAGCAAAACAUGUUUUAAUGAUGUAGCUGGUUAACAGUGUUGUUUCAUUUACUUUUGUUUAUCAUACAUCCAUAGAGAUGUCGGAUAAAAUGUCCACUUUGUGCAUUUUAACUUUAAUCAGAUUGGAUUAUUUUCUAUGAGGUGUCAUAAAACAAGGAAUAAAGGUGAAUGAGUCUAAAUAAUUGUAAUUUGACGCAACACUGUAUAAUUUUUCCCUUAGCAAAAAGUAGUUUAUUCAAGUAUACUAAAAGUGCACUAAUUUCAUACUUAAAA